ACGAUUCCACGACAUAAUAAUAUUCUAGAUAUAUAUGGUCAGUUUCCUUUAAAUUAAUCAGAGGUUUCGUGCAACCUUCCUCGCAAGCUCGAGAGUGCUAUAAGAAGAACGUAAUGGAGCAAUGAAACCAAACCAGAGAGCACACACUAGCCAAGUCUCAAAACACACAAAAAGCUAUUUCGUGCUACACAAGCUACUGAUUUCUUGACAUACAAGAAACCAAGAAGAUGUUUGAAACCGGAGCAAUAUGGGGUAUAACCGGCACGACGGUGACGAGCUUUAUGUUCAUUUGGGCGAUUUACUCACAAUACGUGCCUCGCCAUCUCCGAGUCACCGUGGAGAAAUACGGCUACAAGAUGGUCGGAUGGGUCUCUUUCUACGUCCACAUCAAGUUCACAGAAUACACAGAAGAAGGUCUCAAGAGAAGCGAGAACUACGACGCCAUACGCAACUAUCUAUCCACCAACUCAGCCGCUCGUGCGCAGAGGUUAAAGGCUAACGAGUCAAAAAACAGCAAGUCCUUGGUGCUUAGCAUGGACGACCACGAGGAAGUUGAAGAUGAGUUCAAUGGUGUGAAGGUGAAGUGGUACUCCAAUGUGAAAGUGACUCAGACUCAGUCUAACUACGGUCGAACCAGCUCGGACGAGAGAAGGUUCUUCACGCUUACUUUCCAUAGGAGACACAGAGGGAUGAUCAUUGAGACAUAUCUUAAUCAUGUGAUAGAUGAAGGGAAAGCUAUAGGGUUGAGGAAUAGAGAGAGGAAGCUUUACACUAACAACUCAAGCUCAGAGUGGUAUCCUUGGAGGUCAGGUAAGUGGAGCAAUGUCCCUUUCCAUCAUCCCGCGACGUUCGAGACUUUGGCUAUGGAUCCUGAGAAGAAAGAAAGGAUCAAGAAGGAUCUGAUAAAGUUUAGCAAAGGGAAAGAUUAUUACAAGAAGGUUGGGAAGCCAUGGAAGAGAGGCUACCUCUUGUUCGGUCCCCCCGGGACAGGGAAAUCGACGAUGAUAUCCGCGAUAGCGAACUUCUUGGACUAUGAUGUGUAUGAUCUUGAGCUAACCACCGUGAAGGACAACUCAGAGUUAAAGAAGCUGUUGCUUGAUACAAAAGGUAAGUCUAUCAUUGUGAUUGAAGAUAUUGAUUGCUCUCUCGAUCUUACGGGGCAGAGGAAGACUAAAAAGGAGGAAGAUGAAGAGGAUGACGCGGAGAAGAAGAAGGAAGCUGAGAAGAAGGAGAAGAAGGAAGCUGAGAAGCUUAGUAAAGUGACACUCUCAGGGCUGUUGAACUCCAUUGAUGGGUUAUGGUCAGCUUGUAGUGAUGAGAAGAUUAUUAUAUUCACAACGAACUUUGUGGACAAGCUUGAUCCAGCUUUGAUAAGGAGAGGGAGGAUGGAUAACCAUAUUGAGAUGUCUUAUUGCAAGUUUGAAGCAUUCAAGGUGUUGGCUAAGAACUACUUGGAUAUUGAGUCACAUGAGUUGUAUGGAGAGAUAGAAAGAUUGCUCGAGGAAACCGAUGUGUCUCCUGCUGAUGUUGCGGAGACUUUGAUGCCGAAGUCUGAUGAAGAUGAUGCAGAUGUUUGCAUCAAGCGUUUGGUCAAGACUGUGGAAGAAGAGAAGGAGAAGGCAAAGAAGUUGGCUGAGGAAGAAGAGAAGAGUAAAGCAGAGAAAGAGGAGAAGAGGAAGAAGAAGAAAGAAGAGGAAGCGGAGAAGAAGAAGAUAGAGGAAGAAGAGAAGAAGAAGACAGAGGAAGAAGACAAGAAGGAGAAUGAAAAGAAAGUGAAGGGCUCGGAGGAAAACGGCGACGUUUCUGCAAGUGGUAUCAAGUAAAAAGACAUGACGACGAAAAGAAGUGGCGCAUGAUGAAUCUUGGUUUAUUGUGUGUAAGGUUGAACUUUGGGUGAAUAUCUUCUUGUGUUUUGAGAAUAUCUUUUUAGAACUUUGGGGGACUAUCUUUCCCAGACAAGGUUGUACUCUGGCAUAGUGUUAUAUUGUGUCACUACACAAAUUGAAACCAACCUAAUAAAUAUUGUUAACACAAAAUGACACAAUCAUUGUGUAUUAAUAAAAUCAGUAUUCUAUAAA